UACUAAACUGAGUCCCCAUCAAAGCAUAGUCUUGUCAGAAACUGCUUAGAGUGUGGGAGAGUGAUUUGUGCCCAGGAAGGACCAGGACCAUGCGUGUUUUGUACUGAAAAUAUGUCAGCCUGUGAGAAAGAAGCAUUACUUCAAUCCAACAAUGCACCAGCACAGCGUACAAAACAAUCUGGUAGAAGAUUUCUGGAUGGAACUGCUCCUCUUCCUGAUAAGGCAUUCACAACAGCCAUGGCUCACAAAGAAAAGCUUUUGGAAUUCGAUAGGACAAGUGAACACCGAACUCGAGUUAUCAAUGACGAAUCCGACUAUUUCAACGCCGAUAGCAACAAGUGGUUGAACCCGAAACAGCGGGACGCCCUUCGAACCAAAGAAAAGGAAUUGCGAGACAGUCGUCACGGAUCCAGGAGACAAAUCAAAGUCACUCUUGAUUUUGCAGGGCGGCAGGUGAUUGAAAAGCAAAGUACUUAUGAAGUCUAACUAUUCACCGAGCAGCAAUUU